AUGGCUAUGCGGCUAGCUGUAGGCCGGCCAUUGGGUGCCGCCGUCCGCGCCUCGAGCUGCUCCCGCAAUGCAGUGCGCACCUUUGCCUCGACGGCACUCCGGCCCAAGGAAGUCGCGGGACCCGCUUCCGACACACCAAACAUGCGGUUUGCUCCCCGCGACACGGUUGGCAAGCUCAAGGCCUCCAUUGUCAACCCGACAGAGAGCCUCAAAGAGAAGGGCGAGGCACUCCACAAGUACGGACAGUACAUCAUGUCAUGUCUGCCGAAAUAUGUCCAGCAAUUCUCCGUCUGGAAAGAUGAAUUGACCAUCUAUGUCCCUCCCUCCGGUAUCAUCCCCACCUUCACCUUCCUCAAGUACCACACCGCUGCCGAAUACACUCAAAUCUCGGACAUUACUGCUGUCGAUUACCCCACCAAGGACCAGCGAUUCGAGGUCGUGUACAACAUGCUCAGUAUCCGCCACAACUCGCGCAUCAGAGUCAAGACAUAUGCCGAUGAGGCGACUCCAGUGCCCAGUCUGUGCGAUCUCUAUGAUGGCGCCAACUGGUACGAGCGCGAAGUCUAUGAUCUUUUUGGCGUCUUCUUCGUCGGACACCCAGAUCUGAGGCGCAUCAUGACAGACUACGGUUUUGACGGACACCCACUGCGAAAGGACUUCCCAAUGACUGGAUACACUGAGAUCCGAUACGACGAGGAGAAGAAGAGAAUUGUUGUGGAGCCACUUGAGAUGACGCAAGCGUUCAGGAACUUCCGUGGUGGAUCAUCAGCAUGGGAGCAAGUUGGUCCAGGUGAAGAUCUCAAGCCUGAGAACUUCAAACUGCCAACACCCAAGCCAGAGCCACCGAAAGAAGAGAAGAAAUAG